AUGCCUACGUCAAUUCCAUUCCGCCCCAUAGGCGGUCCGCAUGCUAUCGCAGGAGACGGCCAUGCCGUCGAAGAGAAGCCUUCCACCACAAGGGCUAGGACCGAUUCCAGCGAUAAGCAGUACGCCGAAGAAGCUGCGCAACAUGUCACGAUCACAUUCAGCGACAAGGGCGACGCACAAGUACAAUUCAAAAUCAAGCGCACUACAAGGCUGGGCAGGGCUAUGUGUGACAUGCCAAGGUUCAUAUUCGCAGGUGCCCAUGUGACAUUUGACGACACCCCCGAGAAGCUCGGAAUGAUCGAUGGAGAUAUUGUCGAGCCAAGCUUGGAAGCCACUAGUUACCCUGCAAUCUUCCGUCACCACAAGACAAACACCGUCCAAGCUCUCUUCUUCUUUCGCGAAACAACAAACUCUUCCUCUCCACCUCUCCACCAACCACCACCACUCGCCUCCACCGACACCACCACUCUCCUCCAACAACACCACUUCAACACAAACUCCUACCACCCCACCUCCAUCACCAUGGACUAUCAACUCCCAACUACCAACGACGCCGACGCCAACGGCAACGGGCUUCCACCGCCACCAGUCACAGCCGCCGCCGCCAACGACACCGAAGGCCCAGCCGCGCCCAUGUACCACGUCGUCACACUCCGCGAACAGAACGGCGCCGAGUUGCAGUUCAAGAUGAAGACGCACAUGAAGUUCAGCAAGGUCAUCAGCGCUUUCUGCGACCGCACCGGCCGCCAGCCGACUGGCAUCCGCUUGCUCUUCGACGGGGAGAGGUUGACAGGGGAUUCGACGCCAGGUGAGCUGGAAAUGGGUGACGAAGAGCUGGUUGAGGUUCACGAGGAGCAGAUUGGAGGCGGAGCCUAG